ACGAUAAUUGACGAGAAGUUGAUCAGAGCCUCCAUGUUGAAAAAUUACUGUAAAUUUUGUAAAGUUGUGAAACUUGUUGACAAUUUUCAGGAAGAUUGUCGGAAAAAUUCUGCGAAUGGAUUGCCAUGAUCACGUUGUCAUUUUGGAACGAGUGUUUCUAUCUGUUAUUUACUCCUGACUCGGAUCCAAGAGCCAUGUUGGUGUGACAUUACAAGUUGAGGCGCCUCCAUUGAAAAAAAAAAACGACAACGAGAUAUGUGCAAGGGAGUUACAUUGUUCCUCCGGCUUAGAUAAAGCGACAACAUAUCAAUCUGAAACGGCUACUUUUGUGUGGAGUGCAUAAAAAGAUACUGCCAGCUAUCCAUAUCUGCAAGAGUUGGUUUUGAAAGUCUUCAAAGUUCAAAGCAUGCACCAUCAGUCGAUACACACACCAUGACUGCAUAAAGGAAGGAGUCACCUUUACUUAAACUACAUUCAAAGCUAGUGGAAUUUCCAUAUCGUUUUUCAGGUUCCAACAAUAGUUUUACCACUGCUGGCGAUCGCAAUGUGACAUCUAACUUUUUUUUUAUUGUCUUCCAAAAAUACAAGCCAAGCUUUCUGUGCUUCCAUAAGUAAAGUUGUUUUCAUUUCAUUUUUUGGUGGUGAUUUUGUGCUAUAUUCGGUUUUUUUAUGCAAAAGGUUUUUGGGUCUUUCAUUUGUUAUUUUCUAUGCUCUGUUUCCCAAACGAAAAAAAAGUAAUGGCAAUAUUACAGUUUUGUAGCUCGUAACAAAGUUUCCAAAAUGGUGCACUAACAAAAAAAGUUCAGUGUUUUUGCGCAUGAAAGUCUGAAGUCCAUUCUGCGAUGUAGAGAAAAAAAAAUUGUUUUGUUUGCUUCAAAAGUUUGUACUGGAAAGCAGUAAAAUGGUCGAGUGGCUUUUAUAACAGCUCGCGUAGGGUUAGACUGAGACUAAGAACCACAUCCAAAGUGCCUUGCUAAGAAAGCGUAAGCCCAGACAGUUGGCAGAACUGCAUAGUUACCUUCGACAACGCCAAGCUGCAUUUUGAGGUGGACCCAUCUGAUUUGGGACAGUAAGCAGCGACGGUUUUUAAGAUGGCCAGGUAGCCCGCGAUACACGCUCGACACUGGUCCAGCCAAGAGAUUUUAGAUCAAAGACUUUUAGCGUUUUAUGCACGGGGGAGGACGCAUUGAAGACACAGCAAGUGCCUGCAAGACAGUGAACGCGAUCCGCCUUCAUUGUCUGCCCAAGUCAGGAGGGGCAGUAUGAUAUGGUAUUGGCUGACAUGGCCAACCCUCCUGAGCAUGACUUCGCUCCCGCUUGGCUCAAGAUCCCCUCACACCAACAGCAGUCAUCCAAGCCACCACUUGUAAACUACAGCGGCCACGGUGGCAGACCAGGACCCCCGGACGAACACCCGGACAGAUACAAAUCAAGACACUACUCCACAGACUCACAAUAUGGCUACGGUAGAUCGCCAACUCACGACCAGUCUGGCUUCAGAGGCAGAGAUGAGAAUCGCCAAUACUCCAAUGCAAACAACCGUCACCACUCGGUGGAUUCUCUGCCUUGGGAUCCGGACCCCACUACCCAUUGGAACCUCUCCCAGUUCAACGGUAACUCCAGUGGUACCUGCGGGACGUCAGGCUACCCCCGCCGGGGUAACUCGGUACCCCGCAACGGUCAUCAGCAGUACUCCAACAACGGGCGCUUUGACGGCAACGGGUUUGCCUCAAGCAGAGGGCCGUACCAACAGGGGAAGCCGGCUGGAACAGGACGACAGAGGUAUAACUCUGGACCCAAGAGUGGAUAUUCGGAGCUAGAGGAUCACAGCAAUGACACGCCCACUAAAGAGGAGGGGCAGGGGGAGGGAGCAGACGACGCGGGGAAGGAAAGCGAUACCAAGAGUGCCUUAUCCAAUCAGGACUUUCCUUCCCUAUCUGGCACUGGUGACGACGUAGAAACAAGUGCAACAAUAAAGAAGAGUAUUCCAUCUGGAGCUUGGGAAAAACCCCCAGGAACUAAUACCAAAGUCAUCAGUGGACGGAAACUGCAGCUGAUAAAGAAAUCUAUCCCAAGCGCCUCUGAAACCAAGUCCACCCCUCGCACCAUCGCACCAUCAUCCACGUCGACUGUAGACCCUCCUGUAGGGUCAAAGGUUAUAGGUCAGAAUGGGUCAUCCGGCCAGACAUCCAAGCUUCUGGUUUCCUCCAACGGGAGCUCCAGUGUUGUGUUGAAAUCUAUGACGUCGGUUACUCCCAUGGUUUCCUCGCGGAGUAAAGAUUCAGCAAUCCGAUCAGCUCCCGUGCCAUCCAGCCGAAUCUCGCCGGUACCCAGCAAGCCAUCGCCGGUCCCUAGCAAGCUAUCACCGGUCCCUAUCCUGAAUAGAUCCACGCCCACAGAUAUCAACCCUUUGCCUGUCAAGGUACAAAGUAACACAUCAUCGACCCCAAAAGCGCUAAUCAGCAAAGCCCCUAUCAGCAAAUCGCCAGUCAGCAAACCAGCAAGUCCUGCUUCAAGACCCUCGGUCGUUUCUUCUAGUUCAGCUUUGCAAGAAGCCGCUCAAGUCACGGCUGAUGUCGGCAAGGCAGCUAGCAGCGCUGAUUCGUCUUCGCCCAGAGUGACUUCCACUAGCAUCGCAUCAGAACCUGUCGUAAAAGAAUCCAGCAAGAAUGAACAACCCUCGCCCAAACCCAUCAGUGACGCUCCAGUGUCCACGACUACCAACAAACCAACAUCAACUACAAAAGCUUCUUCAUCAGUCACCCCUUCCAAGACCCCAGUCUCCAAAUCCUCGACUCAGUCUUCUUCCAAGCCAACCUCUAUCACCAACAUGUCGUCAACAUUCAACCCAGCCAAGCCCACAUCCAACCCAGCCAAGCCCACAUCCAACCCAGCCAAGCCCACAUCCAACCCAGCGAAGCCCACAUUCACCCCAGCCAAGCCCACAUUCACCCCAGCCAAGCCCACAUCCAACCCAGCCAAGCCCACAUCCAUCAUCAAUAUGGCAACGCUCACCCCAGCCAAGCCCGUAUCUAUAACCAAUAUGUCAACGCUCACCCCAACCAAGCCCACAUCUAUCACCAACAUGUCAUCGACCCUCAACAGCAAGCAAAACCCUUCUGCUACCCGCCUGGCCAUAUCCCUGAAUCGACCAACCCCUGUUGUGGGCCGAUCAGCUCCUGUAUUCGGUCGGCCCUCUCCCGUGUCUUCCACUCGACCCUCUAUGACCAUCAUCAACAGACAGAUACCGGCACCGACGGGUACCAGCGGCACUGUGCCGGUCAGUCUCCGUUCCGGGCCAGCUGGGUCUUUGAACAGCAGGAAGGAGAAGUCUGUCACCCCUGUCCACACAUCCACAAUGAAACUACUUACUAAAGAGCCCCCCUCCAACUCCCCGUUACCCACCCCCACCGCUCCCUUAGAAAUGCCCUGCCCGAGUCCCACCACACCCAAACCCAAGAAAGGAGACAAGCUGGUCUUCCUGAACAAACUUCGGCGUUCAAGCAUCGGUGAUCUCUCCAAAGAGGUCACUCAGAACAACGAAGAGAACCUGAGAGAGAACGACGCAAAUUUCAAGAUGAAUGGACCCACAACACAACCAAAGAGGAUAAUGAAGAGAGAACACCACGACAUCAAGACCAACGGUAUCGACAUCCACCAUGACUUCACUACAUUCGAAAAAGGUUCUGAGGAGGACAACAUCCCCAACUUCUACCCAGUCUUCUCACCAGUCAAGGAUGUGCCGGACAUGUCCAGCAGUCUUGAAGCUGAGAAAAGGCUGUUACAGGAGAUGGGUUGGCAUGAGCACAGUGACAAUGAAGAAGGUUACGCCCCUCUGACUGAAGACGAACUGAAAGAGUUCAAGAAACGAUCUCAACAGGUGAAGAAGAAUGGUUUGACCAGAGCUCUCCCAGCGACUUGGAACAGCGUCAGCCUACCCAUCUGCUCCAUGGCCCAACAAGUUAGUCUGGAUGACGGCCUCACAAGUAGUGACUCGGACUCCUCGGACGACGAACAGGGAUGAGGGUUUACGCUUUGUGACCGUCUGCGUAGUUUCCGCUACGAGGACUUUCUGUGGAUCAGUUGAAAACGUCGGCUGGAGAAGAUAUUGAGAUGGAAAUGUGGAGACACUCUUUGAAAAGCUUUUGGUACCGUUAAGUGUCCAAAUUGAGCCAUGAUAUACACAACGUUUGAGAAACGCACCCUGCUUUUCUCGGGAAUAUUGUAACUGCAAGGAGACAGUGCGAGAAACUAAAACUCCUCAGCUAAUUUAAAAGCAAUGUUUGUCUUUUAAGGACACAAAUGUUUUUUGUAUCUUUUGCAAUAGCAUUUUGUACCUAUGAUGAUUUUUUUUUUUAGGAGACCGAAAAUGAUUCUCUUGAAAUUUCUGCAGCACCACAUUUUGUUGUUUUAAUCUCUUUGCAUAGUUGCUCCACAAUUUUUUUUUCUCGGAGCAAAAUACAUUCAGUAAAAUUUAAAGUCGUUAACUUCCACGUGCAUACCCUUGUUUGUAAACAUUUGGCUUCGAUAGUUUGUGCAUUUUUGUGUUCGGGAGACCUUCCUUUAAAUUUAUAUAUUUCAUAAACUUUUGUAGCGCAUCACAAAUUUGUGUGCUUUCAAGUUGACUGAUGUGAUUUAUGCUUUGAUGUUUAAUUGGCAAAUGAUUUGCAGAAAAGACAGAAAAUAAAAAAAUCUCAGGAAAAUAACUGAAGGAAUUACGGAACAUGUAGUGGCUGGUAAAAAUAGUCGGAAUUAAGAACAAGUUUUACAAUCGGAAAUUCGGAAUCAAAUAAUUUAUAUUCAGAUUUGCCUUGUUUUGAUUUCUUUGUAAGCUGUUUAUUCAGUUGAUUCACUUUUGGAGUUUUAUUUUGCUUUUGAAGAUCCAAAAUAAAAAUGUUCGUGUUUUCUUUUUGCUUUCCUGUUAUUGGUUUCAAACCCUGUACAAAAUAGCCCCAAUAUUCCACGUUUUGAUUUUGAAUUAUCUUACACGGGCAUGAGUUUGUAAAGAUGUCUUUUGGGGGAACACAAGGGGAAAAAAUAGCUUUUUUGUACUUGUAAUCUUAUAUUUAUAUUUAUUUAAAGAGACUACUGUUUCAAUGAAAUUUUUGUUAAACCCCAAUGAAAAUGUGUGUGUAUUCAGCUAAUAAGCUUAAAUCCUUCGCCCGAAAUUAAUACAUAAGGGAAAAAACUUGUGAAUAAGUAAUUCUAGCCAUAAAUUAUUUUUCCAAUUCGCCUCUCGAUAUUUUCUGACAUUUGACAUUACGUAACCCUGACAAUGCUAUAUUGCGUCCCAUGUCAAGUUGGAAAUCACCAAAUCUUUCUUGUUUUCUUAUUUUUUAGAAGCUAUAUGUUUUGUUUUGGCUUGUGUAUAUUUUUUGCCAAGUCGGCACCAAUUUGAAAAGGGGAUUUUGGGUAUUUUUUGUUGUUGUGUGAGCACAAAUUCUGUAUAAUUUUUCUAUAACAGCAAAGAAGAGAGUUUCUCAUCAAUACUAGACUCUGCAUUUGGCAGAUGUUUAUGUACAGUGUAAUAAUAAUAAUCCUUUGCAAUGAUUGAUAUGUUUUCCCAAAAGACGGAUUAUUGUAACCAAAUAAAACUUUUUUCGCUAAUUUGGCUCUUUUUCCUUCCGUCUCAAA